UCAAGUGAACAUAUCGGGUGGCCAUAUUUGCGGCGAAUCUUCACACCUAAACGCGAUAUCAGUUGACAUUUCAGUGCUAAUUGAAAGUGAUAUUCAUAUCAAAUACUUAAGAUUAUCAGUAGAUUACCGCUGAGUUAAUUAGACUAAUCAUUUACUAGUUACUGAGAGGGGGUUAUACUGACGUUAUUAAACAAGAUGGCGAUAUGAUAAGCCAUCGUGAAGAGUGUUAUUUAUAGACAUUUAAUUAGCACGCCUGGAGACAUCAAAGACACAUCAAACAAGACCGACAGUGGUACCGACAAGGAUGUUGAACCCGGUGUUUCCGUAUCACCUUGCGGGGCUUGGACUCAUGUCUAGCUUUCCUUUGGAAGGACAAGGUCGUGUAAAUCAACUUGGUGGAGUAUUCAUUAAUGGACGGCCUCUCCCAAACCACAUCCGACUGAAAAUUGUAGAAUUGGCCGCACAGGGAGUUCGUCCGUGUGUCAUCAGUCGUCAGCUGAGGGUCUCGCAUGGCUGCGUCUCCAAGAUUCUACAGAGGUACCAAGAAACUGGAAGUAUCCGCCCUGGAGUUAUAGGUGGCUCGAAACCUAGGGUUGCCACACCGGAAGUGGAGAGAAAAAUAGAAACUUAUAAACGGGAUAAUCCUGGAAUAUUUAGUUGGGAAAUUCGUGACAGACUUUUAAAAGAUGGACUUUGUGAUCGUAGUACAGUGCCAAGUGUGAGCUCUAUCAGCCGAGUCCUGAGGGCCAAAUUCAAUAUCAAAGGUUCCGACGGAGACUCAAGUGAAGAUCAUGAAAGUGACACUGAGAGGUCAGAGGUCAGAGGUAACCAUGACAUUGAUGGUAUUCUUGGAAACGACAAAAGUGAUGAGAAGAGCGACGGCGAUGAUGAGCUGUCCGACUGCGACUCGGAACCAGGACUGCAGCUGAAACGCAAACAGAGACGAAGUCGAACUACUUUUACUGCGGAACAAUUAGAAGAAUUGGAACGGGCAUUUGAACGCACACAUUAUCCUGAUAUUUAUACGCGAGAAGAACUAGCUCAAAGAACGAAACUGACCGAGGCCCGAGUCCAGGUGUGGUUCAGUAACCGAAGAGCUAGAUGGCGUAAACAAAUGGGAAGUAAUCAGAUCUCAGCAUUGAACAGUCUCCUACAAGUUCCACAAGGCGUCCCCUCCAACCCAUACAUGCUGCAUGAUGCUCCAAGCUACACAUUCCCAGCCGCACAAGACGCGAUAUGGCAUCGGACAUCAGUGCCGUCUGGAAUACACCAUUCAAUGCCGCCAACAAGUCUCAAACAAGAACACAGCCACACACCGUACCAUGGAAUUAUGGACAACUACUUAAACCAUGCCAGCCAGAUGCACAAUCUUGCCAGCUUACAGUCAAGUUUGCAGUCCAGUCUUCAUUCAAAUUUACCUGCCAAUGAUCCUUUUCCAUCGCAUACCACGUGGGCAAAUUCCAACACACCAAACACACAACAGACACUAGCUGGAUACCCGGGAACAAACCACGUACCGCACAUCUCUGACGUUACAAAAGGCGGCAUCCAUUACAAUCCACAUCUUUCUGCAGUUUCCAGCAUGGAACGUUACGCAGCAGACGAAAGUCUAGCGGCUCUUCGAAUGAAAUCACGUGAACACGCGGUUGCUCUCGGACUUAUGCAUAAUGCAGACAGUGGAAGGGUAUCAGCUGGAUUUUGAGCUCAAUAUCUGAAUUUAGCUGUGUGAAAAGCUCAUGUCUAAUAGAUACAAUAUCAAAUGCUGUUGAAAAGGUGUGCCGAGUUUGUUUAAAGAUAUGUCUAAUAGAUACAACAUCAAAUGCUGUU